AUGUCGUCCGAAGAAAGAAUAACCGUUCACAACCUGGCGGAUCUCAAGAACACCUCAGACGACGCGAUCCCCAACUACCUCAACUCUCUCAAGUUUACUCAGUCCCAUACGCUAGUUGAUAUCCGUCUCGCCCUUGGCUAUACCGCCUUCGCCAUCGCCGGUGCCUGCUUCGCCUGGGACUACAAGUUUGGCUUCGACGCAACAAAGCAGUACUCGGCCAUUGCCGUCGCCCUUUACACGCUCAUCAACAGCGCUCUGACCCUCUGGAUCUGGCUCGUUGAGAAGGGCGUGAUAUACCAGGGAACAUCCCCCUCUGGCGAGAAGAUCUCCGUCGCUACUUCAACAGUCAAAAACGUCCCUACCUACCACCUCAAGAUCACCCUGACCCCCAAAUCCGGCGCUUCCACAACCAUUGAUCUCGCCAAGCCCUUCACUCAAUGGUUCGAUUCUAAGGGCACAUUCGUCGUCGUUCCCUUCCAGGAGAUGCUCGCAACAGGUAUCCCAGCCAUCGGCAAGCUCGACGCGCGCCGCGUCCGCUCCGGCGCCGAGGCUGAGAAGCAGCAGGAUGUGUACGACCCUGCUGUCCUCGAUGCUGUUUUCGCCGCUCAGUCUUCGGCUUCGGCGACGGGAAGCACGGCAGAGAGCAAGUCUACAAAGCGGAGGAAGGCAUAG